UCUAUUGUUGUGAAGUCGGUUAGAUAUAAAAAUAUUAGUAAGAUUUUAAAUUAGUUACAGAUAAAAUGAUGUUAAUCGUCGCUGUCUGUCUGACACGGAGCGCUGAAGGAUAAACACUCCGAGAACGCAACUGAACGAUGAACUACUACAUCUUUGUUUUAAACCACAUUUCACUCUGAUCUACAUCAGUAUGAUGAUUUGUGUUUUAUGUAUCUGUUUUUUAUUCUUGAAAGGUCAGUUUGGUGAUGAUACAGUGAAGACAUUAUCAGUGAUGGAGGGAGAUACUGUUACUCUACAAACUGAUGUUACUGAAAUACAGAAAGCUGAUCUGAUACUGUGGACGUUUGGACCUGACAACACUCGUAUAGCUCAGAUCAACAGACAGGUCAAUAAGGUCUCAUUAUAUGAUGAUGUUCUUGAUGGGAGAUUCAGAGGCAGACUGCAUCUGGAUGAUCAGACUGGAGAUAUCACCAUCAUGAACAUCAGAACUGAACACUCUGGACUUUAUGAACUUUUACAUAUCUUUGGCGAUAAAGAUUCCGAACCCAAAAAAUUCAGUAUCAUUGUGUCUGCUCGUCUGCCUGUUCCCAUCAUCAGUAAUUCACACUGUUCUUCAUCAUCAUCAUCAUCCUGUUCAUUGGUGUGUUCAUCAGUGGUGAAUGUGAGUCAUGUGACUCUCUCCUGGUACGCAGGAAUGAGUGUAUUGUCCAGCAUCAGUGUGUCUGAUCUCAGCAUCAGUCUCUCUCUACCUCUGGAGGUGGAAUAUCAGGAUAAAAACCCCUACAGCUGUGUGCUGAACAAUCCCAUCAGCAACCAGACCACACAUCUGGACAUCAACACACUCUGCCACACAUGUUCUGUGGUCGAGUCGACGAUCGAAACAGGAGGUUUAUCGUCCAGUUAUAUAGUUCUGAUCUGUGUUUUUGUUGGAGUAAUUGUCCUAGUCAUGGCUGGUGUUGGAAAAUUCAUCAUCGACAGGAAAUAUAGAAAUACAGAUAAAAUGGCUGACGGGAACGUUGCGGAGAAAGUUGAACUGAAGACAGUGUCAGUGACGUUGGGAGAGUCCGUCACUCUAAACACUGGCCUCACUGAAAUACAAAGCUUCGAUGCGUUACAGUGGAGGUUUGGAAAAUCAAGCUCAGAUCAAACAACUCCUUUUGAAGUCAUCACCAGACUGGAUGAACUGAACAAUAGCGGUCAUCACGAUCAUGAUGACCGAUUUCACCUGGAUCGCAAAACUGGAUAUCUCACUAUCAAUGACAUCAAACCUACAGAUAUUGGCCUUUAUAAAGUAAAUAUCACCAGGAAUGGGAAAGAUAUGACCUCCAAGACAUUUAUUGUCCAAGAUUCUUUUGAAAAAGAAGAUGUGUCAGACUCAGAGGAGACAAACUCACUGGUGAAGAAUGGACAGAUCUCUGAAAAGUCAUAGUUUAUAGUAACAUUAUCCCUGAAUGCUUUGGAAAAUGUGUUUGAAAUGAUUCUGCAUUCCUGUGAAAAAUAUAAUGACAAAGGGUUUCAUUUAACUUAAAAAUAACGGGGUUUUUUUUGUGUGUGGUUAAUUUAAAGUUGAUGGAACGUGUUCCCAUUAACCGUGAUCUUGUCUGUUAUGCAGAUAUUAAUGUCAUGUAUGUUUCAUGUCUGUUACAUUAUAUAGUGUCAGUUUCACUGUUUU